AUGCCCAGUCUGGCGAAUCAGACCUGUCCUCGAAUUAAUCAGAUACUCUUUGAUUUUCCUGAUGACGUCAUCAGAAGCAGUAAAAUACUCAGACGCUGUACUUCUAUAAUGAGUAGUAUUGAUCGUAUAGUGCAGAUGAAUGGAAUACAUCGUAAUACGUGUCUCAUUUUACAAGCUGGUGCACAAGCAUCUAUGCGCCUUGGCUAUUACGUGACACUUCCCAGGAAUUGGAAUUCACUAGUCGAAGUGCCAUUCUGUUUGGCUCUCAGCAAAACAGGCAGAUGUCCCCGAGCAUUGGACGCAGAACAUCUGGCAUUGGUAGAAAGAUGGUUGACACUGUUAACUGAAGUGCUGGAACCGUUCCAAAACAUUAGUCCUAGUCAGCUCGACGCCAUCGCCCCUAGUCAUACAGUUUCUAGAAACGUCAACGAUGGAAUGGUUCAGCACCAUUCAAUAGUAAGU